AUGCAAGAAAAAAAUGAUAAUGAAUCAGAAAGUAGUAAAAGCUCUGAAAGCUGUGAAAAUAGCAGCUAUGAAAUUAUAAACGAGGAAUUGCAAAAACCCAAAGUUAAGGAUGAUAAUAUUUUUAAUUUAGAAAAUAAAAAAAGUAAUAUUAAUUAUGAUAAUGAUUUAAAUAAUAGUGAAGAAAAAAUAGAAAAAAAUAUAACAUUGUCAGAUAGUUCUAUUGCAAGUUCUUCCAAAAGUUCCAUACCAGAAUCAGAGGAAAAUGAAUCAUUUUCAGUUUAUUCUCAGGAUUCGUCAAAUUCAAGUAAAGAAAAUAUGCCUAAUGAAAAUGAUAAAACAGAAUAUGAAUAUAUGAAGAAAAGUAUAAGUAAAGAAAGUUUCGAAUCGAAUGAAGACAAAUCUCAUGUUUCAAAAUUAAGUGUUGAAAAAUCAGAUUCUUCAAAUAUAAGUAAAAUUAAAUCAUCUUCCUCAAAAGUAAGUGAAUCGAACAAAUCUAUUGAAUCAAAAUGUGUGCCACCAUUUAGGUUAGAGGAUGUUAAAUCAAUGCAAUCUGAAUCAAGUAUAAAUGAAUCCAACAUAAGAAAUUCAAAUAUCACUGAAAUGUUAAAAGAUGAAGAAAAUUGGGUUAAAAAAGAAAAUUGUAUAAUGCAUGAAACAGAAGCAAUGGAUAAAAACAGUGAAUAUAAUUUAAGUGAUAGUUUUAAUGUCUCUUUUAAAAGUGAAAAUACAGAAAAAUUAUUCAAAUUGGUAAAUAAUUUAUACGAAAAUACUCAAAGUGAUAAUGGAUCAUCAUCAAAUUAUUCAAUAAAUUCUUCAAUGUCAAAUAUUUCUAAUAUUAAUAAAGAAGGAAGUUUAGUAAAUUUAUUUAUAGAAAAAAUAAAACUAAAUAAUACUUUAAAUAAUUUUAAUAAAUAUAAAAAUGCAUUUUGCGUAUCUUAUUUUGUAUAUGAAGAUCCUAUGGAAAUAUUCAGUUUAUAUCAGGGUAUCAAUUGGUUACCAGAAUUAAAAAACAGGUGCACUUCAUUAACCCAGAUAGAAUAUAUAUCAUCAAAAAAUAUUAAAAAAAAUCGCUCAUCUGCUUAUGCUAAUUUUUGUCAAUCUAUAAACUUAAUAAAUAGAAAAAAUGAAUAUUUAAAUAUGGAAGAUGAUAAUAUUUGUUAUGUCUUUAUUUCAUUAGUUGGGGCAAAUUUAGACAAUUUUCAAAAGUUACAUUAUAAUAAAAUGUCUACUAAAAAUAUUCCUUUAAAAGGAGAUAAACAAAAUAUUAUGAAAAAUGAAAAAAACAGUUAUAUUACUAAUAAAUUUGAUAAUUUUAAAAGGGGAACUAACUUAAUGAAAAAUAUUGAAUUUGAAAUAGAUAACAAUUCAAAUAAGCUAGAUGAAACAAAAGAAAACUGGGUUCAAAAUGAUAUUCCAGAAUUUAACUCAGAAAUCAUGAAUGAAUAUAAAAAGGAAAUUAGAAAAGUAGACUUAAUGGAAAAUGGCAAAAUAAUUAUAGAAAAAAAAUAUGAAGAUUAUCUACAAAUUUUAUGCUCUACUAUAAUUCCAAUAAACUUACUAGAUACAAAAUUUAUAAAUAAAAAAAAUAAAAUAUAUGAUAAUUAUAAUAUGUAUCCUCAUUAUGUUAUUAGAAUUAUAUUAAACAACUAUUUGGAUUCAUUUAAAAAAAAUGAAAAAGUAAAUUUGUUUCAUCUUAUCAAUAAAUAUAAAAAUGAGUUUACUCCAAUUGGUAGAAUUCAGCUCAUUGCUAAUAUUAGGAAUGAAUACUAUACACCUGAUAAUUGUGAUUUAUUUGAUGCAUCUAAUUUGAAUAACAUGAGAGAUAAAAAUGGGCAUAAAUUAAUAAAUAAAAUAUUGAAAUAUAUAAGAAUAUAUAAAAUAAAUGAAGAUAACCAAGAAAAUAAAAAUAACAUGUAUCAAAAUAUAAAUAAUCUUUAUUGUGCAGUAGAAGAAUAUAUAAAAAAAGAAAAACAAUUCUUUAAUCAACCUAUUUCAUACAUAAAAGAAAAUCUUAAUAAAUUUUACGAUGAUAAAAAAUACACAAUGAUGGAAAAAAAAAUGGUUCGAUGCAUAUUAUCAAUGUUAGAAGUGUCGGGGAAAAAAGGAAAGUAUAACAAAUAUAAUAAUCGCGACGGAAAAAAUCGCAAACAUUUUCGACCAAAUGAAAUAAUUUGUUCCCAUAUAAUAAUUUAUGUCCAUUCUUUGUCAAAUAUAACAAUAAAAUUGAGCACGUUGAAGGAUUUCAUUUCUGGGAACAAUUUUUACUUAUUAAUAUUUUGGAACGAAGAAAUAAUAGAAGAAAACAAUAUUGAUAAAUUAAAAUUUAGAAAUUCAAGAAUUUUAAAAUUAAAUUCUGAAGAUCAAAUUGGAGUGGAUUCAGUUUGUCUAGAUCAGGAAUACAAGGGUUUUGACAAACAGGCAACUCGAGAUUAUUCUAAUAUAUACAGAAAUAGUAACAUAGUAAAUAUAAAUUUGGCUUUUAAUGGUUAUAUAAUAUUGCCAUAUAAUCACAAUUUGAAAUAUCCUGAAAUAAAUAUUAUACUAUUUCACAAUGACAUACCUAUAUUAGAUUUACCCGAAAAUAUUAAACUUAAUAAUUUAUUUUUAAAUAAUGGGAAUCAGAUAAAUAGGUCUCUUAAAAUAUAUACACCUUAUAAUGAGCAGAAUAAAAAAUAUUUUGCUAUGGAUAAUUUUUGCCCACAAAUUAAAUUGUCUUUUUAUACCCAUCCAAAUAAUACCAAUUUAUGUAGUUCAUCGAAAUACAAAUCAUUAUAUAAAAAUACAAUGAAUUGUGACAUAAACGAUAACACAUAUGCUUCUUAUUCUGCUCCUAAAUUUAAUAAAAAUGGACAAAUUUAUAUAUUUUUUGAUGAUAUUAUUGAUAAUUAUGCCGCUAAUUAUAUUUUUAAAAAUGAUUCUAUAUUGAAAACUGGGAAAGAUAGUUUCUUUAUACCUAUUAUUCAUGAAACCAAAAAAGCAACCAUUUUGUGCCCCCCAAAUAAAAAUUCGAUAGAAAAAAAAAAACAGAUAGUUCAAUUUUCGAAACAAAAAACAAAAGAAUAUAGUAACAGAAUUAAUGAUAAAGAUUAUUUAAAUAUAGUAAAACGAAAUGACAUACAUAAUUUUUAUGAGCGUAAUGGAGACAUACAUAUGUAUGAUCAAGACAACUAUAACAAAUAUGUGCGUUCAAUAAAAAAUAAUAUUAUAGAUUUCGUAAUAGCAGAAGGAGAGGGGUUACAAGGUGGAGAAAUAAAUGAGUGGCUUUCAUUCUAUGUAUAUACAAAAAAUCAUAAAAAGAAUAAUGUUUAUAGUGGAGAAAAUCUUAAAAUCCGAUUACAAGUAGAACCUGUUGGACAUCUAAAAUCAGAAUACGAAAUAGAUAAAUAUAAAAAUAACGAAUUUGAUAAAUAUAUUGAUAAUCAAAAUAAUUCAGAGAACAUAAAUUGUUAUAAAUGCAAAAAUAAAUUAGCUGGAGUUGAUCAUUUUUGCUAUAAAUCAUUUAAUGAGAUAAACGAAACUAUUGAGUAUAAUGUUGAAGAUUUAAAAAAUGGUAUUUAUAAAAUUUUAUAUAAAAUAAGUAAAACUGGAACAAAGAAGUUACAUAUAUAUUGUGAUGGAAUAAAUAUUAUCGGAUCUCCUUUUGAUAUUAAAAUAUUUCAUUCAAAAUCUCAUUCGAAAUUUACUAAAAUAUUAGGAACAGGAGCUACACGAUGCUUAGCUACUCCAUUACUCGAUUUGGAAACACAUUUUGUGAAUAAUGAUAAUUUGGAAUAUAAUGAAUUAAAUGACCAUGAUCUUAAUUUAAGUCAUAAAAAGAAUGCAAAAGUUGACCAUAAUAUAUUGCAACUAAAAUUAUUUGAUCAAAAGAUAUCAGAAAUGGAAGCAAAAAAUUCAGAAUCUCCAAAAAAACGAUCAGUUUCCCCGAAUUUAAAAGAAACCAAUGUGAAUGACGAAAAAGAGAAACACAAAAAGACAAUCGUAAAUGAUGAAGAAAAUGAGGAAAAGAAAAAAGAAAAAGUUAAUGAGAAAACUGAACGAACUAAUGAUGAACAUAAUGAUGAAAAAUUUUACGAAAUUACUGUUAUUAAUAAAGAGGCAUUUCCAAACCCUGAUAUUAAUAAAAAAAAUGAAGAAAAGGAUGAAACCAAAUUGUCUUAUCUUUCUGAACAUGGUAAUAUGGUGAAAAAUAAUGAAAAUAUAAUGAUGAAUAAUAAUAUUAUAAAUAUAAAUACAGCAAAUAAAGAAAAAUAUAAAAAUUUGAUGAAAAAAAUGGAAAUUGUGAACUCUUUUACUAUAAUCUUAAGUGACAUCUAUGGACAAAGAAUACGAAUCGGUAACGAUAAUGUUAAAGUAGUUGGUAAAAAAGGGGCUCAUAUUAAAAAUGUUAUUGACAAUAAUGAUGGAAGUUAUAAAAUAGAAUAUGUAAGUUAUUUUAAGGGAGAAAAUGAAGAAACGUAUAUGAACACAAAUAGCAAUGUAAAAACAACUGAAGAUAUUAAUGGUAGUUCUUCAUUUGAAAAUAAAUAUCGAAAAAUACAAAAUAUAAACCCAGAAAAUGUUAUAGAAUUUUAUAAUGAAUAUUUAUUUCAAGAAAAAAAAUAUUAUGAUAAUAUCAUAAUAAAGGAGUUUGAAAAUCAGUUUAAUAAUAUCCCCAUAUAUUGUCAAAUACAUAUAUAUGUAAAUGAGGUAGAAAUAUUUGGUUCACCAAUUAAACCCAUAUUUAUGAACAUUCAUAAUAUAAUUCAGUUUUAUAAUUUAUAUGAUCAAUUUACUUACUCUGGUUUAUUACUCAAAAAUUUCGAAUAUUUAUUACGAACAAAUAAUUACAAAAAAUGCAUGAACAUGCUAUCUAAAUUUUAUGGAAACUUUUUGGAUGAAUACAAAUUGGGUUCAAACAAUAGAAAUUGCGAUGUGCACAUGAAUAAUUUUUUUCCUCUCAAACAUCAACAAAAUCAGAAUACAAUGUUUUCCUAUGAAAAUAUAGGAAAUGAAUCAUUCUUUUUUAAAAUACCAUUGAAUAUUUUAGAUUUUAAAAAGAAUGGAUUAAUAAAUGAUGGUUUAUUAACAGGAAAACCGAUCUGGAAUUUGGAGGCAAAUAAGUGUAAAGAGGAAUUAUGUGAAAAUAUAGAAAAAUUCAAAAAAGUAGACAAUGAUAUCUAUAAUAUGAAAAAUGGAAAAUUAUGGGGAGAUAAAUAUAAUGACAAUAUUAGCACAGAAACUGAGUCAUAUUUCAUAAAUGAGUGGCUAUAUAUGUAUUUGCAGAAAAUGGAAUUAGACAAAGUCGAUAAAAAACAAAGCUUUAGCCUGAACUUGGCAUAUUCAUUAAGCAAUAUCAUAUUGCAUCAUUUAGUUUAUAUGAAAAAAUAUAAAUAUUUUAUAAAUUGCAAGUUAUAUGAACAUGAUCUAAUCCAAAAUAAUAUAUUAGACCAAUUUAAAAAAUUACUAGAAGAAGAAUAUAAUAAAAUGUUUGCUUAUCAAACUAGUAAUAUUAUAAAUUAUUGCAAACAAAUAGGAAAUGUGAAAUUUAAAAGUCUUGAAGAAUUAAUAAAAGUAUAUAAAAAUAUAUCAUAUGAAUUAAAAAAAUUAAAUAAAACUGAUUUAGCAAAUGAUUUUGAUAAAUGUUGUGAGAAUAUGUGUGAAGAGUUGUAUUUAAAAAAUAUCGAAGCAAAUUUAAAAAGAAAAGAAAUAAUGUUAAAUAAAUAUGAAGAUAUAAUCAAUGAAAAAAUAGAAAAAAUAAAUAAAAUCAAAUCAGAGCUAGAGAAAUAUAAAGAAAUAAAUAAUAAUAGUACGAAUGUUGAAAAAGUAUUAAAUAUAUGCAAUGUAAAAGUUAAUAAAGCAAUUCAAACUUACGAUUAUUUGUCUUAUAAAAAUGGAUUUUUAAAUGGUCUAAUAAAAUCUAGAGAAGAAAAUGAAAAUAAUAAAAGUGACAAUGCUAAUUACAAACAGGGUUAUUCGAAAAGCUUGGAAAAAAAUAUUUCAACUAUGGUGAGAGAACAUUGGAAAAAUUCAUCCCCUUAUGACAAGUUCACUUCUAUUAAAAAUGUAUUAAAGAGCUGCCCAAGACUAAAAACAACUUUGGAAGAAACAUUUAACUAUUAUAGUUGUAGUAAUAAUAAAAAAAAUAAUAAAAUGAAAGAUUUUCAAAUUAAAAAAAUCCAAGAAAUAAAAAUUAUAGAAAAUUUAGACAAUUUAAAAAAAAUUGAAUUAAAUGAAGAUAAUGUACUUGUACAAAAUGAACUAUUAAAUACUUCAUAUUUAACAUAUAAUGCAUACAUAUUAUUAAUAGCUGAUCUUAAUUGUAGUAAAUAUUUUAUAAAAGACGUAGACAAUGUUUUAUGGUUAUUUGAAAAAUUUUCAGUACAACAUAAUAGUUAUAAAAAUUUAAAUAAUCCAUAUAAAUUAAUGCGAGUUAUCCCAAAGUAUUUAUUUAUUCCAUUAAUUAGAGAAUUGGCUUAUUUAAAUAUGUUAUAUAUUAUUUCUGAAUUUGUUAUAAUAAAUGAUGAAGAUCAAGAUAUAUAUUUAAAAAUUAACCACCCAUCUAGACUAUCAUCAUUUUAUCAUUUUAUUAAACAUUCAUUUAUCGAUUUUUAUGAAAACUUAAGUUCUCAACAAAAUUUCCAAAAUUUUAAAGAAGACCUUAUAGAACCAUAUGAUCAACAAGAUGUAAAAAAUCAAAAUGAAAAAAAUGAUACUGCACAAAUACAUAUAAAUCUUCACGAGUUUGAAACAUAUUUUAAUAAUGAAUUACCAUUAGUUGUUAAGCAUAAAAAUUUUGAAAAAACAUUCCCGUUACUUUUUGAAUAUUAUGCAAAAUUUUCGAUUUCUAGGGAUUCGAAAAAAGAACCUAAUUCUUCUCAAAAUGAUGUUCAUUCAUCGAAAAACACAUCUACUAACCAUAAUAAAAAUAAUAACGAUAAUAGUAUCAAUACCAAUGAUCAAAUCAACAUGCAAACAAAAGAUAAUUCAGAAAAUAAUAAUAAAUUUGUCUCAGUUGCUAUGUUUAUACGAUUUUUACGAGAAUUUGGUAUAAUUCCUCAUUUUUUUAGCAAUAAUGUUGCAAUAAAAAUUUUAAACUCUUUUAUGAAAGACAAAAAAAAAUUAGAUUAUAAUGAUUUUUCUCAUGCUAUUAUUUUAUCUAUUUGUGAAUGCGUUAAAAAAAAUAUCCUUGCUCAAUAUAAUAUGCUGAAAAUGAAUAAACAGCUUGACUCAAAAAUUGAGACUGAAAAAAUUUUUAAUCAAAAUUAUAUUUCCUAUGAAACAAAGGAGUUGGUUUAUCUUUUUGGAUUAUCCGAUCUUCGCAUUGUAAAAUCGAAGAUAAAUUCUUGA